CAUAAAGUUUGAACUUUAUACAAACUACAGAACAAAGACUGCCUCAAAUUUCACUUAUUUGUGACCGUUGGAUCAUUUCAAUGUCCAAAACCCCAAGCAUUUCAACUCGUUGAGAUCCGAACCAAACCACCCUCUUUAACACGCUCACUCGAAAACACACACACACACACACACACAUACUCCCACUGUCUCGUUCUUUCCUUGCUUCUUUCAUCUUCUUCAACCUCAUAGUCAAGCUUCAAAGCAGCUCAUCAAUGGCGGAUUACGAAACCCACCACCACCACUCAUCAAUCCCCAAAGAAACAGCCCUCCAAGCCUUGAACACCAUAAUCCAGCUCCAUUUCGAGAAAACCCUCGAGAAGAAACGCUCAAUAGACCUCCAAAAGAAAGAGCUUCAGAAGCUUUUCCAGCUCUUCUUCAUCUUCUUGAGCCUAAUUUUCUUAGCCCAAGCUCAGUCUCCUCGUCUCCAAUGCCGGCACUGCUGGAUACCUAUCACGCUUCUUUCUCUUUCCCAUCUGAUUUUCUAUGUCUCUGUGGCUCAGACCUUGAGAUGCAUCAAUGGCUUCAAGUACCAGAGGCGUUGCCACAAGCUUACUCUUGGGUUGGCUACCGAGAAGCUGAGGGAGAUGAAGAUGAGGAUGAGUAGCAAUAAUGGUGGAGCUGAGUUUGAAGGCGUUGGUGAUGAUGAUUUUGAGAUCCAUUAUCAGGAACCACCUGAGAGUUACUUUGGAAAGUUUAAGAGGAAUUGGGCUCUGCAUUUUGGGUUCUUGAUCUUGAUCUACAGCUUUAUGGUUUCUACAUCUGUUGUUCUUCUAUGUUUUUAGAGAUUUUUAUUUUUAUUUUUUAUUUUUUUUUUGGGAGCAGGAAUUUAAUGUUGGACAUUUUGUUUGGUAAGAUAAUUUGUUGAUUUUGUGAUAUGAAAAAAGAAAAAAAGAAAAAAAUUGUUGUAGGAAUUUUGAUAUGAGUUUCUAAUUCAUGGUCAUUAACUUAUUGGUGAUUUCUCUUUAGAUUUUGAUUCCUUUUUGAAUAAUAAUUCUUCUACUCCUCUUUUUUGGUUUUUU